UUGUUUUUGCUGGCAUAUCUGUGUAUCACAGUCUCACAGUAAUAACAUCCCAAAUACAAAGUUAGUCACCAACUCUAGCUGAAUGCUCAUACUGCCCCAUUAUUUCAGACCCUGGAGCUGUUAAAUAUAUUUGACAUUAAUAAACUUCAGAUAGGUACUUUUGUAUUUCAAUUCCUUAACAAUUGACUCAGUUGAUCUUCUAUAUAGUCACUUCUACAGGACUAGCUGUGGCCAGUUUUCCAUCAGGUACUGAGGUCCAGUUAUAUGGAACGACUCCUCCUUUCUGAUUUUUAAAAAAGGUCUUAAACAACUUCUCUUGAUGGAGUACAGUACUAUGUAAAUGAGGUAUGAUACAGUGUAUGAUAGCAGUGCAAAUAUUUGUUAUUGUAAUCCUUGUUUUUAAUAAUUUUUUUUAAUCUCUAGUAUUUCUUGUUUGGAAAUUAUAUUCUCUUUUUUUUUCUUUUAGAUAUUUAAAAAAUAUUUAUAGCUGUAAAUUUGUGGCAAGCACAUAUAGCUGUCUUUAAUCUCAGUGUUAGGUGAGUUCCUUCUACAUCCCACCUGUGCAUUGUCUUAUGUUAUUGCACACUUUUCUGUUUUGUCCUGUUUUAUUAUAUGCACAAAUAAAGACUAAAAAAUUAAAGUUAACCAUGGCCUCCGUUUGUGGUCAACAUAGACAACCAUGUUUCCCCACAGCUUUGUAUUUGGUUUCCUUUUUUUUUUAAAGACUUCAUUUCUACUUAAAAUUAAAUAUAAUAUUUUUAUGCAGCCAAAUAUAAAUUCUAAUAACCCUCUACUUUAUUUAAUCAUGUCUUUGAUACCUGUGUAUCUUUUUAAACUAAUGUUUUGUUACCAACAUCAUAAUAAUCCUUUAAUAUCACUACACCGGACCUAGAUUUAGCUGUGAUAAUUGGACAUUAUCCUAAAAUGGAUCAUAUACACUUUAGUCAGGGCGACCAGAGAAUAUACUUAUCUUUACAUCAUCAGACUAAAAGGUGGAUAAAGUUCAGUUUUAAAGAGCUUUGCCCUCCGUAUUACAAAUUCUCUGCAGCUUAUUCCUGGAUGGAAAAGGAGUCGGACCAGGUGAGGCGUGCUUUGUGUGGUAUUUUAGUCUGCCUGGGAUGAAUGCAGACGUCCCCUUCUCUCUAAACUAUUCUCUUUUCAGAGCCGGCAGCCCCUUGCUGAGUUGGUCGCAAUCAUUGUUUCUCUGCAGCAUUAACCACAUUCCAGAGAGGCGCAGCGCAUCCUGUCUUCAUCCCCGCAUUCCUUUUACGCAAACGAGUCCCCUGUGUGAAACGGCAUUUUAUUUAGAUUCUCGUACGCUUGGUGAGCCCAGACUUAUAUACAACGGAUAUUUAUGGCGUAUCCGAUUAUCCAGCUUACUUUGAUUUCUGGCAAAGUGACCGUAAGCGAAACUAGAGGAAAAACCAACAAGGCGAAAUUCCUCCGCGCAGCGCGCCAUUGACUGUAAAGACCUUUCAACUUAACAAAAACUGAAGUUGACAAACGUAUCCCUGUCGGCUGAAACUGUGAGAAAGAGUUUGUUUUUUCGGCCGAGGGGGCAAAGCAGAAGAAGACGAUGCGGCGCACGGUGGAGGUUUCUGAGCAUGUUGGUGGUUUUCUGUAAAUGAGCGACGGCUGUACCGCGGCGUUUUGUUUUGAUUUCCAUGUGAAAUGCAAUUAGUGCUCCGCGGUGCUCGCUAGUUUGGCUCGCGGAGCGGAGCGCACUCUGAACUUGUUUCUCGCCUCGGGAGCACAACAUGGAGCAUUAUCAGGAAGAUUUGGGACUCCGGGCCAGUAAAUUGAUGGAGGACCUUUCCUUGUAUGAUGCGUAUAAAGACGGGAUGUACAACGCGAGGAGAGACUUGGUGAUUAACCCCGAUUUAGACUUUUCGGCUCCGGCAGUAGCAGAGCACAAAAGUAAGCCAAUGAAUGGUACCUCUGUGCUUCACCAGCAGCAUCACACGGUGGAGAAUUUCACGACUGGGAAUAAAGUGUACAACGCGGCUCCGGUGCGCCCCGUGAACUGCAACCGGACCGUUCCUGUGGAUUUUUGUGCCCCUCAAAGAGACGCAGUUUAUAGUGAGGAGGGCUGUUGCACCAAAUCCGAAGUGGCUUUGCCGUGCUACACGGGCGCUUCCGAGAGGCACAGGAGAUACUCUCUGGAGGUGCAGGGCCACAGGUACAGCACCGGCUCCGCCUUCGACGGCGUGCCUCUCAACAAACCGGUGGCUCUGCCCGGCAACAGGUGCAACAGUGUCUGCAUUACCAGCAGCCACGACGGGAGAUAUAACGCCACUAGCCCCCGGUCCAGCCUAGCGUCGUCCCUGUCCUCUCAAGAGCAGAGCAAGCAUGCCAGCCCGAGGUCGAGCAUCAGCAGCCCGCGCACUAGUUUGGUGGUACCGGGUCAGGACAGGUACACGAGCCCCAGGUCUAGUUUAGUUCACUGUGAGGGCAACAGUGUCCUCAGUCCCAGAUCCAGCUAUGCAAGCACCGCCAGCGACACGAGUAAACACUCCAGCCCCCGGGCCAGCCUCAACAGCUGUGACUGCUGCAGCAAGCCCAGCAGCAACCGCACCAGCGGCAUCAGCAUGGGCUACGACCAGAGGCACAACAGCCCCAGGUCGAGCACGGCAAGCCAGUACUCCUUCACCACCAGCCCGAGAUCCAGUUACUCGGACUCACGGUACGGGCCCGUGGUCAACCACGAUCUGGAGGGGGCGAUUUUACAGGCAGCGCCGCUGGCGAGUCCUCGCUCGAGCAUCUGCAGCCAGGACGGGAGCGCGAGACCGGGGACCACCGCAAAUUGCGUGGUCAGUCCCCGGUCCAGCAUCUCCAGUCACAGCUCCAGAAGUUCCCGCAGCUCCAGGGGCUCUAUGAGCACCUACCCGGAUCUGCAGCUGCCCUCACCCAGGUCAUCGAUGCUGGGCAGCAGUUUACACGAGGAUACGCUGCUGCAGGAGUUUGGAGACUCCAACGGGAUCCAAAAUCGCAUCCAUCUCCAGGGGCUCUCGGCGGUGCCAGAGCCCCAGCUACAGUCAGCUCAGACGGGAGGGACUGCGGAGAUGACCGCGGGGUCGCAAUCAUCAUUUUGUUAUGGGGUGUCCUCAAAAACAGCUUCCUCAGGCCAGAGGUUUAAGCUGCCUUACCAGGUGACCCCCAGCCGAGAGAGUGGGCCAAGCCAGGCAGAGAGGCGACUGGAGGCGCUCACCCUGGAGCUGGAAAAGGAGUUAGAGAUGCACAUGAAAAAGGAAUACUUUGGUAUCUGUGUCAAAUGUGGGAAGGGUGUGUAUGGAGCCAGCCAAGCCUGCCAGGCCAUGGGGAACCUGUAUCACACGAACUGCUUCACCUGCUGCUCCUGUGGGCGGAGACUGCGAGGGAAAGCGUUCUACAAUGUCAACGGGAAGGUCUAUUGUGAGGAGGAUUUCCUGUACUCUGGUUUCCAGCAGACGGCUGAGAAGUGCUUCGUGUGUGGUCACCUAAUCAUGGAGAUGAUCCUCCAGGCGCUAGGCAAGUCCUACCAUCCUGGCUGUUUCCGCUGCGUGGUGUGUAAAGAGGGUCUAGAUGGAGUGCCUUUCACCGUGGACGUUGAGAACAACAUCUACUGUGUCAAAGACUACCACACGGUUUUUGCUCCUAAGUGUGCCUCCUGCAACCAGCCCAUCCUUCCAGCCCAGCAGGGCUCUGAGGAAACCAUCCGGGUUGUUUCUAUGGACAAGGACUACCAUGUGGAGUGUUACCACUGUGAGGACUGUGGUCUCCAGCUAAAUGACGAGGAGGGCCACCGCUGUUAUCCACUGGAAGGCCACCUGCUCUGCCACGGCUGCCACAUCCACCGGCUCCAGUCGCAGGUGCCGGCCCACCUGCCCCCCAGCUACCCCCUCCAUGUCACAGAGCUGUGAGGGGGGAGGAGGGCGGGUAGCAACCAAGCCCUGCCUCCCAGGUGAUCCGAGACACCAGCAGUGGGGGGGGGGGCCUGCGCCCCCUCCAGCAGUUCCAGGGAAGCCUCUGAGCUACGGCCCCUGUCCUCAAGUGGACGGCCGGGCUGUGGACUAACACACACAGUGCAGCUCCCACCACAAGCCCUGCAGUCACAUGACAGGUCUCCUCCUCCAUCUGUGGUCCUUUCCUCCCCUUUCCCCUGGGAUGCCUGAACCCUGAAAGCCAACAUGCCGGCUCACCCAGAGGGCCCUGGUGACGUCACACCUCCUGACCCCUGCACAUUGAUCAAAGAGAGGGCUUUUGGAUCGGAGGAGAGAACGCCCAACUGGUCUCUCUCCCUGCUUCCCUCUCUUCCUUUCCAUGUUUUUCAUUCCUGUGCUCUGACUGAAGCGGUUUACCACGGUGGAUUCGGUGCUGUCGCGUCUAGAGAGCGCUGCUGAUGUCAGCGUCAGGAAGGCCAGGGAACGAGCCAUUACAUUCCAGUGCUGGCUGGACCGGACAGACCCCAGGGUGGGCAUGCUGUGCCUUCAGAGCGGGCUCUCUCUGUGCAGCUUCUAACACUGAAAUGGAGUCCUGCUAAAGGCUAUGCAAAGGACACCCGGCAUCAUGACACAGGGCUGUGAGAAAAACUAUUAACUCAUCGCUCCUCACCCUGCACCACCCCGAAAUAACAGAUGCACCGUAGCACCACAAGCCCAGAGGACUGACUGACAUUCCACUUAGAAGUCUUAGACGAGACCUCGAGAGAUUCACAAGCAGUGUCUUAAUUAAUGAUUAUAUUAUGACAGAAAAAGAAAAUUUUAGAUGCACAUAGAUUGUCUUUUAUAUAUGAAUAUAUAUUUUGCAGAUGUUUUCCACGUAAGAUCAUAGAUGUAGAUUCUCGUUUUUUCUGUUGCUGCGCUCGCGAUAGAUUCAGAAGUGAAACACGCUGUCUGUCGCGCAGUCAUCUCUCUUCAUGUCUGUCAGUGGGUCACAUACCUGGCUCAAAUAGCAUUUGGCUUCAAUUAUUUUAUUCCACUUUGAGUACCAAGUGUUUAAUGCCUAAUUCAAGUUUUGGCAACAAAUGUGUUCCUUUCGGACUGCAUAUAGACAGCUGUAACACACACUAACAGUCAGACAUUUCUGCAUACCUCACCUUCUUUUGUUAAACUUUAAGCAGUGUAUUUAUUGUAAAUACAAGUUACUAAAAAGUAAAAGUGACUUGAAAAAUGAUUUGACUAUAUUUGUGUUAGAAUUGAUGUCAGCACUCUGUGUUUUAAACAUACAAGCUGAACUGGUUUACGUCUCCAGCACAUGGCCUUAAAUGAAGCAGUAAUUGAACUAGCCAGUGCCAGUGUUGGAACUAAAUGUAACAAUGCAUUUACGUACUUUAACUUUAGACCUUCCAGAAUUGCACAUUCUGACCUUCUGUCAAGGGUUGCCAGUAUUUUGCCAAGUUGUCACACAGAGCUCUAAGAUUAAGAUUUAAGCUUAAUCUUCAAAUCUGACAGCUUAGCUAAAAUUGGUCUUUAAAUACAAAGAUUUAGGCCCUUUGCUGGAACUCUAAAAGACACUCAGCAGUCAUCAUAGAAAUCAGAUGUCAGCUCAUGAUAGAGAAAAUGCAAACGUUUAUAAAGAUUGUCUUACAGCGAUAUGGUGGUAUCAGCUAUGAAAAUGCAUUUGGAAAAGAUUUGGCUAAACAAUUGUAUAAAAAAUGAUAGAAAGUGCUAGUAGUUGUGAAACAAAUAGACAACAUGUGUGCAUAAAGCACCUCAUCAGAGGGAUAAAGAUCUGCACUAAAAAUGAAUGAACUUAUACCUAUUCCUUAUGUAUACUUAUGAAAUAUAUAUAAUUUUCCAUGCUAAAACAGUGUUCACAAGCAUUUGUUGAUGAUUUUCUGAACACCUAGUAGCUACUUUCCUCCAGAGAGGAGCCUAAAGUCAAAGUAAUUUUCUGUCACUGACACCUGCCCUGACAGAAUGCGGCGUCUGGCCCGUCUGGUACUCAAAGAGGAAUGAAACAAAUUGAAUGAUUAUUUGCAAAUACCUUUUGCUCCAGGUCUGUUCAGGACACUGUUUCCUGAUAUGUUUUCCAGACACUGGUUUUUGUCAUAUGAGCACUGAGAACAUAGUGUGUUACUACGAUGAACUUCCACAUGUCUGCAUGCCUUAAGACAGAACAGGUGUGUUUGUGUGUCUCGCAGUCUGCUGUUGUGUUUUGGGAGGACGUCCCUGAAAAACCCGGAGCUGCUGGUCCCACCCGCGUUUUUAUGGGAGUCCCCCCACGUUUCCCUUGCUAGUCCCAGGCGCUUGCAUGUAUGUGUUGCAGUGAGUCCUGUGUGUGUGUGUGUGUGUGUGUGUGUGUGUGUGUGUGUGUAUAACAAACAAAAACUACAUGAGACAAAAACACUUGAGCUAUGGCGGUGCUGGAAGAAAUAGUCUCACCCCUCCCGACUUGGUUACUGUCAUCAAUGAGUUUUUUCGGAGUGGCACUCAAUAGAUCCUUCCUUGUACACGAAAAGUUGUAAGUCAGAAUUCAAGAUAUUUUAGGGAACAAAAAAUCUGAGCGUCUGCACAUUUAUGCAGAUAAACCCCAACUACGUGUGCUUAUGUCAAAUAUGAGCAAAUUGUGUGAAUGUCUAAAGUGUGUGUGUGUGCGUGUGUGUGUGUGUGUACUAGUGGCAGGGCCAUGGCACACGCACCUCACUGUGUUUGCAGGGCUGCGCAGCAUCCAACACAAUGACCCCUGCUCUCUCUGUUGUAACCCAGUGAUGAUUUCGAUGACUGCGUUUGUUCAUCACAUACCUUUUUCCCAGAUGUUUGUGUCUAAUUCUUGGUGUUUGUUUGAACCUCUGUCUAGUACCAUAUCGGUGGGGUUUACACAUGUUCCACUAAAUGUUCCAGGAGCUGAUAUAUCAUCCUCUGACUGUAGCAAACUCCACCCAUCUGGUAUUCAAAUGAGAAUAAAAUGCCGCCUACUAUUAUAUGCAAACACUGGCUCAGCUCUUAUUCAUACUCUAUUACUGUGCACGCAGGUCUGAAUAAAUACUACUGAAUGUGUCAAAAACAGGGACUGAAGCAAAGACUGAAGGCAGGGGUCACCACAGGCAGAAAGGGCUUUCUAAUAUAACCUGAUGUAAUGAGAUUCAUUCGAAUGUAAUAAUGAUUAGUGUUUGUUCUCCUCCCGUUUGUAUAUUUGUAAAAGCAGAAAAGAAAAGGACUGCAUAUGUGAGACAUUCCCCUUGUCAUUUGAUUAACCUCAACUUUGUACAAGGGUUCUGGUCAAGUAAUGUGUGCCAUACUUGAAGAAUGAGGCGUUUUUUGAACUUGUCUGCACAAUAUCAACCCCCAAGAAAAAAACGUAACACAUCAGAGUGUAUCCCCUUUUAAAGAUGUCUUAAUUCACCUCUUUUAAAAGUAUUACUUCAGUUUCUAUUGCAUAGCACACAGCUAGUUACCCUGUACAUAAAGAGGCUAGUUUUUUAUUUUAUUUUUCUGUCAAAAAUCACUUGGAAAGAGAAGACUUCUUCUCCUACUGGUAGUUCCAACAAGCACAUCUCGACACCUGUCACACAUCUUUUGUAUCGCUAAGUGUUUUGAUUACCUAGAUGGUUCAUAAAAAAAAUGAAACUAGAUCUAUUUAUCUAAACAUGAAAAAGUCUAAAGUUAUUUAAUGUAUUAAAAAUCGGGACGUAUCAUUUAACUGUAGAUGACAUAAUCUGCUUUUUCAAUAAAGUGGUUUUGUAGCUAACUACAAAAAAA